ACCGCCCCCCGGCGCGGCCCGGCCAUGGCGGCCCCCGCCCGGCGGCUGCAGCUGACGCUGGCGCUGCUCAAGCCGGACGCGGUGGCCCAUCCGCUCGUGUGCGAGGCCGUGCACGCCGCCAUCCUCCGUCACCGGUUCCUCAUCGUCCGCGCCAAGGAGGUGCGGUGCGGCGCGGAGCAGAGCCGCCGCUUCUACCGGGAGCACGCAGGUACGAGCGGGGCUCAGGGCUGCCGGAGCGGGAUGCUGCCUCGGGCCGGUGCCGACUCGGUCCGUGUCUGUCCGCAGGCCGUUUCUUCUACCAGCGGCUGGUGGAGUUCAUGGCCAGUGGCCCCAUGUGGGCUUACAUCCUGGCCCAUGAGAAUGCUGUCCCUCUCUGGAGAUCCCUCAUGGGACCCACUAAAGUGUUCCGAGCCCGAUACAGCGACCCAGACUCCAUCCGAGGUGCCUAUGGCCUUACGGACACCAGGAACACGACCCAUGGCUCAGACUCACCUGCCUCAGCCAGCAGAGAAAUUGCCUUUUUCUUCCCCGAGUUUGACGAGCAGCGCUGGUACGAGCAGGACGAGCCGCGGCUGCGGCGCGGGCAGCUGUUGUACAGCGCGCAGGAGCGCGUGCACCGCGUGCUCGGGGCUCAGCCGGCACAGGUACAGAUCCAGGGAUCUGCAGGACAUCAAUGCUGUCCCUGUCCUCAGCAAUGUCCAGAGGGGAUCUGCUCAGGAUUCUGUGUGUCUUCACACAGCUCUGAGAGCUGUUGUACCCAGUGCUGUUGAUACUUUAUUGAUAUUUCGUCCGGUUUUUUUAUUGAUUCCCGGAGGUUUUGCUCAGAUCUGUGUGUUUUUCUUUUAACUAUUAAACUUGACUAUUUUUCACCUUU